AGACUUGCAGAUGUAGAUGUAGGUGUCAAACCUUCCAAGUUACUGAAGUUAGAACACUGUCAAAGCUCCAAAGAGUAAGACCAGCAGUUCAUCACAGAUCUGAAUAGCGCCGUCUCCCUAGAUCUCACAGUCCAUCAAGGCUCACUACUAUUUAAUAAGCAUGUCCAGGAGGCCAGUAAAUCCUUCCAGGCGCAUUGGUGAUGGUGGAAGCAUCCCUUUUGUGGGUGCAGUGCAAGCUAAAGCACGCUCAUCACCUGUACUAUCUGUAGCGCUUGUGCUUCUGGGUACAGUUCUUCUUGUCUUCUAUGCAUUUAGCGGAUCAGGUGGAGCGAGCAGUAAAGAGGCUGUGAUUAAACUUGAAGGUGGUGUUUCAUGUACGUAUGAAGUUCAUCGAACAAUACCUAUACUGAAGAAGGCAUAUGGUGAUAGCAUGCAUAAGGUGUUGCAUGUAGGCCCUGAAACGUGUUCAGUGGUAUCUAAAUUAUUAAAAGAAGAGGAUACUGAAGCCUGGGGUGUGGAACCAUAUGACUUGGAAGAUGCUGAUGCACAUUGCAAAAGUCUUGUGAGCAAAGGCAUCGUGAGGGCUGCUGAUAUAAAGUUUCCUCUUCCAUACCGGGCAAAAUCAUUCUCUCUGGUAAUAGUAUCAGAUGCAUUAGAUUAUUUGUCUCCAAAGUACCUCAACGGAACUCUUCCAGAGUUAGCAAGGGUGUCUUCUGAUGGAGUUAUUAUAUUCUCUGGCUAUCCAGGUCAACAAAGAGCUAAAGUUGCAGAGCUAUCUAAAUUUGGCCGUCCAGCCAAAUUGCGAAGCUCAUCAUGGUGGAUAAGAUAUUUUGUUCAAACAAGCUUCGAAGAGAACGAAGCAGCAUCGAAGAAGUUUGAACAGGUGGCAUUAAAGAGAUCUUAUAAGCCUGAAUGCCAAGUUUUCCACCUAAAGUCAUACCAUUGAGAAUCUCAACAUCGUAUCUUUUACUGUAUCGGCCUGUAGGUGAAAACAAAUACUAGUGUCUUCAAUACAAAUUAAAAGGGUAACUUCAAUUAUAUUUUGUGAAAUACGGAGCCUCAUCAUCUGCUGCUUCAUGAGAUGAGAUCUUCUGAGUUAUGAUAGAUGUGUAUUGAGGAAUGAUUUUCCAUAAACUGGGUACCGUCAUCACUUUGUAUUCUUUAUUAAGAUGUAUGUUAUGCCCAUUACCGCUGCU